AUGGUAGAAUCAGAAUCAGAUGAUUCUCAUCCACUUUACAAUAGAAAUCAUGAAGAUUAUUUCUUUUACGGUCGAGAAUUAAUUCCACAUUUCCCAUACCGGGCCUAUCAUCUAAAUAUCCUAGGAUAUCCUUUACCAAAUGGAAGAUUCGAGCAGGAAAAGCACCUACCUGAAUUACUCAAAAAGAUGUAUCCAGAGAUUCUUACAAUGGUCUUUUCGCAUAUCAUCGAGGAACCGUCGAUUGAUCCAGCCGCAGAAAACGAUGUCGAAGGAAGUAGCUUUAUUCCAGAUCCGGUUCUAUUAUCCAGACGAAUCCAUGGUCAUCCCCAUAGCGAUGAUGAAGGAGGAGGUGGACCAAUAACUUCAUAUCCAUUGCCAAUCACUGCUCUUAUGUUCCGUGAAGAGACACAAGCGGUCUAUGCACCCACUACAGGAGUAGAUACACAAGCCUGGAAAAUUCAGAAUACGAAAGGCUGGAGAGAUCAUAGAAGCACACAACGAAUUCUGGAGAGAAGUGUUUCUGGGAAUCUAUCGGAGAGUACUUACAGCCAAUUGGUGCAAUUCGCCUACUCUUUGGCGCUCCACGAAGAUUUUCAAAUCGGUUACGAUAGUUGCAUUUGGUGGUCUCCUAUUGGGAGAAAAUGUAGUCUUCUAAAGGAAUUUCUGUGGUGGUUUUGGAACCACUUUGGUGUUUACAUAAAUACGUGUAAUUGGAAUGUGUAUCCAAAGUACUUUUCAAUCAACAAUCUUCUGCAAUACCAUAGAUUAGAGCACCUUAUUCUUCGAUUUUCCACCAAGGCGAUUAAUCUCAAAAGCGGAGAUAUGCACAUGAAUAUGCGUCAAUUCAUUGCGAGUUUGUCAGAAAAGCGUUGCGGCGUAAAAAGCUGCAAAGGAGAUGUCUGCGGGAAAAAAGAAUGUGGAGACCACUCAUGGUUUCCCAAUCUUCGGAAUAUCACAUAUCUCAAUAGAAAUCACCACACAGAAGGUACUGCAGAGCCUCGCUGUGAUCCAAUGAGAACUGGCUGGUCAAGACGCCUGAUCAAACAUUUUCAAGACGUUGAACUCUCGAAGUCUAUUGAGGUGAUCUUUGAUGUCUAUGGCGAUGCUGAUGAAAAUAGCAGUGAUAGUGAUGGAGAGUCGGAUAGCGAUUGGGAUGAGGAUCUCUACAAGAAUUAUGAUCCUAAAGAUUAUCAUUAUGAGGGUAAUGAUACAGAUACUCCAUCUCUUUUGCAUAAUCGUCAGUUGGCAGUACAAGAUUGUAUUCGUCGUCUCCUAAUGCCAACUUCAUUGCUGAAGGGAAAUACGAAUGACUUGCCAGAAGAUUUGGGGCUCCGGGAAUUGUUUCAAGAUGCUGAUAUUUGA